GAGAAAAGUGAAGUUAUCAAAAAUUAAUUUGAUUUCGGAUUUCGUAUAUCAUUGAUAUAAUGAAUCGUAUCGACCACUCGAAUGUUAAUCGCCGGAGCGCGGUUCCUUACCCGCCAGACAUCGAAGUAUUCGAUCGCGCAAGUGCAACUUCCGUUUCGGUGGGAGAACACAACUACCUUUGUGGGGGUUUGAAAUGGUGGGGAAUCUUCGAAGAGAGCGAGUUAAACGCGAGGCAGCUAGGUUACCAUCGCGUAUAUACCGGCACUAUUGACAUGUUCCGGCAAACACGCGCUUCGAGCUCUUACGAGCAUUACGUUCACUGAUCAAACUCCUAACGUGUCUCCUUCGCGAUGAUUCCGUCUGAUUUACGAGUGUACCGCCAGAGCAUGCGAUCACCUAAAUGGCUUACAUAAGUUGCGCGGUAACAUUAAUUACUUUGGGUAAACUGCAUGCACAUCUUAUUCAAUAACGUCGUGAGUAUUACUUCAAGAAAUUCAAAUUGGUGACAACCUAUUAAAACUGCGUAAACACAAAUCACGAAAGACACUUUCACGGAAGUUUCGGCACUCUUUCGUUUCUUCUUACGAAUACGAAAUAGAGUAGCCGGUUCUUGGGUCACUCGAUUGCCAGUUACGUGUUCUAUUCCCAUUUUAAAUCGAUGACAUAAACCGCGGCCAGUGUUGGGUAAUUAUUAAACAUUAAGUUCACCAAGCGAUAAUUCUUAUAAAAGCAAUAUUGACAAGAACGAAAUUUAAAUGAUACAAUGUGUCACACAUAAAAUACGAGCUUGGUGAGGAACGUGACGGUGACCUAGAAACGAUUUGAAGUGGUAACUUUGUCAUCUAAGUAGACAAAUCUCGCAACGGUGCCAAGAAAAAAAAUCGAAGUGGGGGAUCAAGGAAUGCGAACGUUAUUCUUUCAAGUUGCUGUGUGUCUCUACGAGUCAUGUUCGACCUACGAUUAUAAAAUUUGCACUACGAAACGAGAUCUUUCUAAGCUGUUGCGGAUGUAGAAAAUCAUUUUUGUUUCAUUUCAACGAAUUUUAUUCGCCUAUAAUAUAUACUUUAUACGGAAAAUACAAAAGAAAAUCGCGUAAAAAUAAGAUGGAAAGAUGAUCGGUGUCGAUAAUAAGAAAUAGAAACUGUUGGAAAUAUCUGGUGAAGUUUCGUUUCUACGAUUCCUCUGGUUCGUGGAUAAAGACGUGCCAAUGAUCGAGCUCGAGCAUUCCAUCUAUAAAGCGAAUAGUUCAGGUUUGCCGUGGAGUUGACGCACUGGCCGCGAUCGUUGCAUGAUAUCUCAUGUUUUUUGGAACACGCGGUUCGUGUGUGUGUUCCAGUCUCGCGUCUCGUGCUUGUAUUUUACGUUGAUUUUUAACGGACCUAUAUUGAAUCAAGCGUGCGUCGAAAGUGCGGUGAAAUAAAAAACAAAGUGCUGUGGCUUAAUUAAACGGUGAAGAUGGAGGAUACAGAAGGGAAAAUCACGCCGAGAAUCAGCAUGUCCGUGAUCGUGCUCGUGAGCACGCUGUUUCUUGGCGGUGUGCUGUUUGUAAUCGGUUACAUUGUUAGCCGGUUGUCACGGUCCAAUAAACCUUCGGAUUCAAUAAAAAAUGGUACAGAAUCGGAAAAAGUAAAGUUCGAAGAUUCGAGGGACUUAACGAGCGGAUCGACUGGAACGGCCGGCAGCAGCAGCAACAAACGCGCCAAGAACAAGAAGAGACGUGAAAUGCAACAGGAGUUCACGCAUUCGUGGAUGGUGGGUGUGCUGAAGGGACACACCGGUCCAGUUCUGGAUAUGAAUUUUUCCAGUAACGGCAGAUUUCUCGCAAGCUGUGCCGAAGAUUGCGGCCUGGGGCCGGAAGAAGAGGUGCUGGAUCCUGGGGAGACCGAUCAAUACAACAACUGUCAGGCGAAUCAUGAGACAUCAGGUUCAACGAAGGGGAGCAACAGCAAGUCGCCUUCCUCAACUUCCGCGUUGGCGACAAUUACCGCAUCCGAUGGCCCAUCUGCAACCUCGGACGGAGUAAAUUCGACGACGACAUCGUCGUCAACGAAGGAAGACCGAGCCAUCCUAAGUAGAAGGCAACGAAAAAAUCGUACCAGAACUCCACGAGAUCAACGUCGUGAGCUUCGGGACGACGAACACGAAGACGAGCAGUCCAGCCAACAGCAACAACGGCAUCGUCGACACGUCCACUGUCGAGACUCGGAGACCUCCGAGAUAAAGUCCACGGCGAGAAAAAAUUCGUGUUCCAGAAGAAUCCAGAUUCAGAAUGAUCCUCACGACGAGGAAAACAAGAACAACAGCGAGCCCGGGACAAAUGCAAAUGGCAGCUUGAGGAAGUCUCGCGGUAUUUUUCCGAGCACUCAGAGAAGGGAACUGCAGCAUUUGAGUGACGCAGCUCUCGCUUCGUUGCUUCGCAGAUACACGCUCACCGGGGAGCAGCUAGCUCACCUUGGCUAUCCCGUGGAGUACAGUUAUUUCCCUGGCUACGCGGUGAUUAUCAACCAUUAUCAGCACCCGAUGGGUCACCGAGCUCGUGGCUAUCAUCAUUUGGACGCGAACGCGCAGGAAUUCGUACCUGGCGGCAGCAGUGCUAUGUGGCCGGUGGAGAGCGAGGGAGACAGUGGACAUUGCAGCGGAAGUUCGGUGGAGAAUUCCGAUCUAGAGCAAGAGAGUGCUUCGGAUAGUGAUAAAAGUUCAGACAUCGGCGAGUCGUCGUCCUCUACCGAUUCAUCAUCUUCGUCAUUUUCUUCGUCCGAUUGCAGUUACCAAGAGCAAUCCAGAAGCGACCCGACUCGGGAUUUCUACGAACCGAUCCUGGUCGUCGAUGAAAGAAAAUGUGCCAGAUGUUACAGAGUGUUCUACGUGAACCAGAACAACGGUGAAUACCUGUACCACGAACCAUGCGUCUACCACUGGGGCAAGCUACGUAGCGGCCUUGUAGCAGGCACUCACUGUGAUACAUGGGAGUGUUGUCGAGGACGAGAUAACGCCCAAGGCUGCACUAUAGCUCGAAUGCAUGUGUGGACGGGAUUGGCGCCGGGUUAUAACGGCCCAUUCGAUGGCUACGUCCGUACCAGAUUGGCGAGAACCGUGCCCACGGAUGGCAAUUAUGGCGUUUAUGCUUUGGACUGCGAGAUGUGCUUUACGCGGCGCGGUCUCGAACUAGCCAAGGUCACCGUGGUCGGCAUCGACGGCAAGGUCGUUUACGACACUUUGGUGAAGCCGGACACCGAGGUGAUCGAUUACAAUACCAGAUUCAGCGGCAUCACUGCAAAAGAUCUGGCAAAAGCGACGAAAACACUCAGGGACGUUCAGAGGGACUUGACCAGUUUCGUCCACGCGGAGACCAUACUCAUAGGUCACGGGCUGGAGAACGAUCUGCGUGCGCUCAGGUUACUCCACACGACGGUGAUCGACACAUGCGUCGCGUUUCCGCAUUUCCUCGGUUAUCCUUUUCGUAGCAGUCUAAAGACGUUAGCGAGGACGGUGCUACGUAGAGAAAUUCAAGUAAAAGGGCACGAUUCCGUGGAGGAUGCUAGGAUCGUGAUGGAUCUUAUGUUAAGGAAGCUGCAGCACGACAUCUCGUAGGAUCAUCAACGACCAAGAAAAAGGGAAUUCGCCUAGAGAGCGGAAAAAGGAGUGCAGUGAAUGAACCGCCGGACUUCUUUUUCGCGAGAUGCUCAAACAAACUGCGUGGUGAAAAUCGAAUUUCUUUUUCGUCGUCGAGCAAUUUGAAAUUCGGAUGUUUGCUAUUAUGUAAUCUCGCCGCGUAGGAUUCCAUGGAGAGGUUAAAAUGCGUAAACGUCGAUGGUUCACGAUCUUCGUCUUCUCAACUUAAUAAGUUGAAUCUGUUAUGAAAACGUUAAUUGUGUCGGCCUGCGCGAGUAACUUCCGUCAGUGUUCAGUUCCAAGUGAAGUCUGUGAUACGUAACAAAAAAAAAAAAAAAAAAAAAA